AUGCGGGCGGCGGCCGAGGCAGUCCCGGGGCUCUGGGCUUCUGCCGCCAGCACCCAGAGAGCCAGGACCGCGCAGCGCCGCCUGCAGCAGAGGAGCGGAGCCGGGGCCGGGAAAAAGCUUGGAGCAGCUGCUGGAUUCAAUUACAAAGAAGAGGAUUUUUCUGAAGCAACACUAAAAUUCACCAAAGGUGCUGGAGUUAACCUGAUUCUAGACUGCAUAGGCGGAUCCUACUGGGAGAAGAAUGUCAACUGCCUGGCUCUUGAUGGUCGCUGGAUUCUCUAUGGUCUGAUGGGAGGAGCCGACAUCAGUGGGCCCCUGUUUUCAAAGCUACUUUUUAAACGAGGAAGUCUAAUCACCACUUUGCUGAGAUCUAGGGACAAAGAGUACAAGCAAAUGCUGGUGAAAGCUUUCACGGAGCAAAUUUUGCCCCACUUCUCCACGGAGGACCCCCAACGUCUACUGCCGGUUGUAGACAGAGUCUACCCAGUGACCAGAAUCCAAGAAGCUCAUAAGUUCAUGGAGGCUAACAAGAACGUGGGCAAAAUCGUCCUGGAGCUGCCCCAGUGAAGGAGGAGGGGCUGUACAGGACACGGUCACCCUAAGCCUUUCCAGAGAUAACUUGGGGAUAAUUCAUAGUAGGCAGGCGAGAGACUGGGUGCUACUCCCAGGUCCGCCUCGGUAGUUGGUUGGUGUAAAGCCGGCCCAAGGAAAUAAAGAGUGGACU